CAUGACACGAGACUUCUGCAAGUUCGCGAGAUCGAAUCUCCUCUUUUCCUUCUUCUCUACGCCACACGAAAUCAAUAGCCUGAACACUUGCAACUGUGCUAAGCUCAGGGCUCAAUAAAGUCCUGCCUUCGCCUCAAUCCAUACAACUUCUUCUUGCUCUCUGAUAGCAAGACAUACGCAAUAUCUUGCACUUCGUUCGCCUCCUUGUCAGAGCCAGGCAGUAAUACCGCAUUGACGUUGGAAUGCGUUCCGAAAGUCCUGGUCGCACUUCCGUCUUACAGACGAGAAUCAACAUCAAGUAUCAAGAGUCCAUUUUCGAAAUGGCACAGCACGAUGUGAUCAUUGUCGGCGGUGGCACUGCGGGCUGCGUGUUGGCGAAUCGCCUGUCAGAGGACCCCAAUGUGUCAGUGCUCGUCCUAGAGGCCGGUGAGGAUCGCAGUGACGACGACCGUGUCUAUACCCCUGGUCUAGCAGGCAGCGUCUUGGAUGACCCCAAGUUCGAUUGGCAAUAUGUUUCGGAGCCAUCUCCCAGCAUGAGUAACAGACGCAUGAAGCACCCCCGUGGGCGCGUCAUAGGCGGCAGCAGCGCAAUAAACUCACUGGCGAUCAUCUACCCUUCAGCUGCGGACAUUGAUGUUUGGGCGGAGCUUGGAAACGACGGUUGGGAUUGGAAGACUCUGGCGCCAUAUUUCCUGAAGUUUCAGACCAUUGAGCCGCCAAACGAUGAAGUCAAGAAGCAAGUAAACAUCAUACACAGUGAUGAAACUAUCCGGAAGUCAAAUGGACCAGUUCGAACAUCAUUCCCAUCACAAGUCACAGCACUUCACAAAAUUUGGCUCGACACAUUUCGCAAUUUGGACCUGGAAAACGUAAGCGACCCACUGACUGGACACGCCAUCGGCGGGCAUACGUCAACCUGCCAUAUCACUGGAGAUCGCUGCGAACGCAGCCAUGCAGGAGUGGCAUAUCUAGAUCCCAUCCUUGAGCGGAAGAACUUGACGAUCAUCAGGAACGCAAUGGUUCACAGACUGGCGAUUGGCAAAGACAGCUCGGGACCAAUAGUCCGUGGUGUUUGGUACUCACAGCACGGCAUUCUCCAUAAAGUUGCAGCCAAGAGAGAAGUCAUACUUGCUGCAGGUACAUUCAAUACGCCACAAAUCCUAGAGCUGUCUGGUAUCGGCGACCCUAUUAUCCUCGAGCAGCACGGUAUUGACGUUGUCUACGCCAAUCCGGCUGUUGGAGAUAACCUGCAAGACCACAUACGAGCAUGGGUCUCGUUCGAGGUCAAUGACGACGCUCCAGUACCGAGGCCAACGCCUAUUGACAAAGCACGAAGGAUGUACGAAGGAAAUCGAUCUGGGCCUUUGACUCAAAAUGGCGCCUUCAUGUUCUCUUAUACGCCACUUGCGCCAUUCUUAGACCCGGAGGGACAUGACAAACUAAAGAGUAUGCUCGAUCGGCAUUUGGAAGAUGAUGGAAGUUGUUCACCAUUUUUACGCAAACGCAAUGGCUUCAUUCGAAAGGCUAUCGAAUCUGCCGACGAAGCAACCGCCGUAUCAUUCUUAAGUCGGAAGACUCAAGAUGGCUCGAAGGGCGGCAACUUCAUCACUUUGAACUCCAUGCUGUCUCAUCCUUUCUCCGCCGGGAGUGUCCACAUUACUUCUACAGAUCCUCAGAUCAGGCCCAAGAUCGACUUUGAUUACUACUCGAACCCCAUUGAUCUGGAGAUACAUGCCCGACACGUGAAGGUGCUGGAGAAGCUGGCAGAAACAGAACCGCUAGCAUCGAUCAUCAAACCCAGGGGAAGACGGCUUCCCGAGGGCUACCCCACGGAUACGAUCAACAAUGCUAAAGAGGUGGCGCGAGAUUUUGCGAUGACAAACUACCACCCAUGUGGUACAUGCGCUCUAGGGGCCGUGGUGGACAGUCGUCUGAAUGUGAAAGGUGUCCGAAAUUUGAGGGUUGUAGACGCGAGUGUCAUUCCCAUCAUACCCAGGGGAAAUAUUUUAGCAACCGUGUAUGCAGUCACUGAACGUGCUGCCGAUAUCAUUAGCGAGGAUUUGGGAUUACAUAGAAAUACGUAGAGGCAAAGCGAGG